GUGCCACGCUAAUACCUCCACACAGUCCCUCCACCUCCACGUUCCACCCGUGCGUAAAACAGAAGUUAGGCUCGGAGCGCAUUUCACGUCCAGGCGCUCAUUCUCACAAGACUCCGAGGGUUCGGGACACGACAACACGUGACCUCACCUCUUCUAACCGGGAGCCGAGUCUGAGUCAGAACCUCAGCCUUACCUGUCCCAUCCGUCGGUGGCCCUCGGUGCGUCGUGUCCGGGCUGCAGCGUUCCCAGUUGGAUUCUUCUGCCAGCUGAUUCCCGUCCAGCUGUGAGCCGGCCUUUUCUUGUCUCCGGAUCAUCUGGAUGAAGAUGAGAACAUUAAGUGUCUUGGUUCUGCUGACGUUGGCGGUCCUCACCACCGCCAGACCCAAAGCUGGUGCGGAGCAGAAAUGUAAGUCCGGCCCGGUGGACCUGGUCUUCCUGAUCGACAGUUCCCGCAGCGUUAGACCACAUGAGUUUGAGACCAUGAGGAAGUUCAUGAUCGACAUCCUGGACACUCUGGAUAUUGGACUGGACACCACCAGAGUGGGAGUUGUUCAGUACUCCAGCCAGGUUCGAAGUGAGUUCAGCCUGAAGACCCACAGUAAACUGGAGAACAUGGUGAAAGCCAUCAACGAGAUUAUCCCCCUGGCUCAGGGCACUAUGACCGGCCUCGCCAUCAGGUAUCUGAUGAAUGAAGCUUUCAGCCCAGAGCAGGGAGACCGACCAGAGGUUCCCAACGUGGCGGUGAUUGUGACGGAUGGGCGUCCUCAGGACCGCGUGGCGGAGGUGGCGGCUGAGGCCAGAGAAAAGGGGAUUGAGAUCUUUGCUGUGGGAGUGGCCAGAGCCGACAUGACAUCACUGAGGGCCAUGGCUUCGCCGCCGUUCGAAGAUCACGUGUUCCUGGUUGAGAGGUUUGAUCUCAUCUACCAGUUUGGACUCCAGUUCCAGAACAAACUCUGUGGACUCGAUCUGUGUGUGGAGUCAGAUCAUGGAUGUGAGCAUCUGUGUGAGAGCUCCCCAGGCUCCUACCACUGCCUCUGCCUGCCCGGAUACACGCUGAACGAUGACGGGAAGACGUGCACAGCCAUCGACCUGUGUGCUGAGGGAAAACACAACUGUGAGCAAAUCUGCAUCAGCUCACCUGGUUCCUUGACCUGUGACUGUAACCAAGGAUACCACCUGAACGAAGACAAGAAGACCUGCUCUGCCAUUAACCUGUGUGCUGAGGGGAAACAUGACUGUGGACAAGUGUGUGUCAACAUGGGACCGGCUAUCUUCACCUGCGACUGCAGCGAGGGCUACCGGCUCAACGAGGACGAGAAGACCUGCUCAGCCAUAGACGUGUGUGCUGAGGGGAAACAUGACUGUGGACAAGUGUGUGUCAACAUGGGACCUGGCAUCUUCACCUGCGACUGCAGCGAGGGCUACCGGCUCAACGAGGACGAGAAGACCUGCUCAGCCAUUGACCUGUGUGCUGAGGGGAAACACGACUGUGAGCAGAUGUGCAUCAGCACACCGGGCGCGUUCACCUGCGACUGUAACAAAGGUUUUAAACUCAACGACGACAAGAAGACCUGCACAAACAUGGACAUGUGUAACACGGUGGCGCACGGCUGUGAGCACCAGUGUGUGAACACUCCAGGAUCCUUCCACUGCAUCUGUCCUGAAGGGCAGCCGCUGCAGGAUGACGGCAAAAGCUGUGGCACCUGCAAGUCUGCAGUCAUCGACCUGGUGCUUCUGAUCGACGGCUCCAAAAGCGUCCGGCCUCAGAACUUUGAGCUUGUCAAAAAGUUUGUUAACCAGGUUGUGGACACCUUGGAUCUGUCUGCUCAUGGUACUAGAGUGGGCCUGGUUCAGUACUCCAGCCGGGUCAGAACAGAGUUCCCGCUGAACAAGUACCACACUGCUGAAGAGAUCAAAGCUGCAGUUAUGAAGGUAGAAUACAUGGAGAAGGGGACGAUGACAGGCCUGGCACUGAAGCACAUGCUGGAGAACAGCUUCUCCGAGGCGGAAGGAGCCCGUCCAGCCAGCCGUAAUAUCCCCCGGGUGGGAUUGGUUUUCACAGAUGGACGGUCCCAGGAUGACAUCAGCGAGUACGCCAAAAAGGCUAAAGAAGCAGGAAUCACCAUGUAUGCUGUGGGCGUAGGAAAAGCUGUGGAGGAAGAGCUUCGUGAGAUUGCAUCUGAACCUGUGGAGAAACAUUUCUAUUACACCACUGACUUCAGCGCCAUCAGCACAAUUGCUGAGAACCUCAAACUUAAUGUCUGCCCAGCUGAGAGUCAGGGGGAGAUCGAGGUGAAGGACCCAUGUGCCUGUGAGAACCUGGUGGAGUUCCAGCAGGCCACCAUGAGCAGCCUGCAGCAGCUCACGCAGAAACUGACUUCCAUGGCCGCCCGCCUGGAGCAGCUGGAGAACCAGCUCCUGUCCAGGAAGUGAUCCAGUCAUCACGGUGAUCAGAGGAGGGAGCACCCCGACAAAGUGACCAACCCAUAAAGAUCAGAGUGCAUCUGCACUAAAGUGUGGUGGGUUUAAAUGGAUGCAGAGGAAAUGAAAUAAUAAAAACCAGAUCCAUUUAUAAAAGCAUAAAAAGAUGUUUUUAUCUGCAGGUUUUAUUCGAGAAUCAUUUUUAUUAGAAACAACAUCAAAUGUAAUAAAGAAAUGGACAUUAAAGUACAGUGUGAUGAAUUAUACCUCCAGGCCUGGUGGCUGUUUUUAACCAGGUGUCCUGUAGAUAUUAGUGAAUAAUCACAAACAGGUUUCCUCUGAUGGGAUAGUUGUCUCCUUGUGCCCUUUCUUAUGCUCCGUCUGAUUUAAACACUUUUACUGGAUGUAUUUAUGUCAGAUUGUUGCUUCUAACCAACAGCAGAACAGAAAAAUGAUGACAUGAUGAAAUCUGGAGAAAAUAUUUUUAUUACCACUUAUUUUCCAAACUGAACCAGAUUCUCUGUCCCCUCUGGGCCAUAAUCCUGUGGCCUUUGUUCAGAAUCACGGAAGAAGAAAAAAAACUAAGUUUUAAUUGUAAAAAAGGGAUUUAAAAUGAUUUAAUUAAAGGUUUGGUCUGUCAUCAGAAUGUGAUUUUUUAAAUUUACUCUGAAUAAUGUCAUUGUCAGUUUGGAUUUUCUAAAUGUUUUUGUAUGUGUUUACAUACAUGAUAAAUGACAUCAGGUGGUGGAAGAUUAAUUCACCUGCUGCUUCAUAAUCUACAAACCAAAGUGUAAUCUGCCAUUUUAUCAGCUUCAGCCUGAUUCUACACAGAUUUGUGUUUAAAAGAAUAAAUCUAUACAGCUUCUUAUUUUAUGUUUUGUAUAUUUUCUGAUAACUCAAGUUUUUGUAUUUUUAAAGUGUUGUAUUAAAAGACAGAAGGUUAAUAAAGAAGUGAGCUUUUUA